UACGCGCCAACGUUGGUUGGUUGAGGUCACGGUUGUGUUUCAGGAAGUUGUCCGUUCGGAUCAAUCCGAUUAAUUGACCCCGGUAAUCGACCCGGUCCGUGGACACUCAUCGAAAUCGAGUCACGCUAAAUAGUUUGAAGUAGUGAAAUUAAUCGGAGGUCGAGGUCAGUCAUGGGAUCUGGUUCUUGCUUCGGUUCGACGCCACAACCACCUUCCGCACCGCCGCCGAUAUUAAGCGAUCCGAUGAUUCGGGUGCAUCGCGACCCCGGAAUAACGCGUGUCACUCCCUGCGUUAUUGGGCAAGGAAUUAUGCCAUUGGGUCCGCAAACGAUGACCAUGAAUCCGGGGCUUGUGGGAGCAGGAAUUGUGGAUAUGAGAACGAAUUUCGGUCCGUUCGGAGGAUUCGGAGUAGUGCCGGGAUAUUGCGGUCGGGGAUUCGGGGGUGGAGGAUUCGGGUCAUGCGGAGGAUUCGGCGGCGGAGGAUUCGGAGGAAGAUUUUGACGGGGUUUGCGAGAAUCUGGUCGAAGGGUCGUGGAAAAUCGUAAUGAAUAUUUCAAACGGCAGGGAUUAAAUUCAACUGAUAUCGCUACGCGCUCACCGCUGCCCCGUAUGGAUAGUUGAAGUUUAAGCAUGUCGCGAGACUCGUCGAGUUCGACUCGAGGUUUUUCUAUUCAUAUUGAUAUUGCAUUACCGUAACAUAGAAAAAGCCGGCGAUCCGAUCGAUCAAUAAUUAUGUUUCACAUUUAUCAAUCGCGUUUAUAUUUACCGCACGAUAUAGUAACGAGCAUUGUAACGUUGGAUCGUUUUGCCGCAUUAAUAAAAGCAUAGAUAAAAUUAACGAUAUUAAUAACAAUGAUAAUCAUAAUGACGAUGAUGUUAAUAUGGUAAUAGUAUUAAUGGAUAUAAUGAUAAUGUGUGAAGAAAACUAAGAAAAAAAACUAAAAAAAAAAAGGAACAACAUUCAUUUGCAUGCUAUCGCUAAUGCGUUGUAUCAAAAAGAAUAAAAUGAAAAAAAAAAAAAAAAAACCAACAAACAAAGAAUUAUGCUAGAAAGACCGAGGAUUGAAGAGAAAAAAAGAGGAAUGAAAAUUAAUAAACUGAAAUAAAAAUAGAAGAGAUGAAAGUCA